AUGACGGACAAGCUCCCGCCCCAGCUCCUCGCGCUCUUCGCCCCUCGGCCGCCCCUUCGGUGGGUGCAACACGUCGACCAGGCCCCCGAGCAGCGCAGGACCGCCGGCAUCGACUCCAUCGCCGACUACCUGCCCGCCCUCAAGGCCUACAAGGACAACGACGGCUUCGUGCCCACCGAGAGCUGGCUGCAGAGGCGCGACCGCAAGAAGCUCGAGGCCAAGGCCGCCCGCGAGAAGCUGUUGACCGAGGGCCCCAAGGACUACAAGCCCGAUGAGGACCCCAACAUCCGUGGCGAUGCCUUCAAGACCCUCGUCGUCGCCCGUCUGAGCUACGAGGCCAACGAGGGCGAUCUGGAGAGAGAAUUUGGUCGAUUCGGCCCUAUUGAGCGUAUCCGCAUCAUCAAGGACACCCAUGCCCACGAGAAGCCCAACAAGAAGAAGAAGCCCCACCGCGGCUAUGCGUUCGUCGUGUUUGAGCGUGAGAAAGACAUGAGAGCUGCUCUAGAUGGCUGUGAUGGUAUCCGAAUCAAGGACCGUCGUAUCAAGGUCGACGUGGAGAGAGGCCGAACCGUCAAGGGCUGGAAGCCUCGUCGCCUCGGCGGUGGUCUCGGCGGCCGUGGCUACACUAAGGCUGUUGGCCCGCGCCCCAGCGGUCCCGGCGGUUUCGGCGGUGGGUUUGGAGGCCGUGACGGCUUCCGCGGCGGGUUCCAGGGCGGUCGAGGACGCGGAGGCUUCGGUGGUGGCCGCGGUGGUGACCGUGGCUUCGGGGGCAGAGGCGGCGGCUUUGGUGGGGGCCGCGACCGCGGCUUCGGCCAACAGAACGGCUAUGGAGCACCUCCUCCUAAUGCGCCUGCAGGACCUGGCUUCGGCGGCCGUGACCGCGACCGGGACCGCAACGGCCCCAGUGGUGGGUAUGACCGUGGUGGUCGCUCAUAUGACGACAGAUCCGGACGCGACGGCGGCAGAUUCGGCGGCGAUCGUGAUCGACGAGGCGGAGGCGGCGGCGGUGGCAGCAAUGCCAACUACGAACCCGUCCGUGGCGACCGCGACCGAGGCCGGGACUUCGACAGGCCCCGAGAGGAUGACAGGUUCGACAGCCGCAAGCGUGGAUUCGACGGAGGCUACGAGGACCCUCGCAAGCUGCGUCGCUACUAG